UGUUACACAGCAGUGUGGGACCUCUGUCUGGAUUGUGGAGUGAGAUAGGGAGGAUGGGAAUGACGGGAAGGUACAGGUUGCGGGGAACGGUGGCUACUCACAUUUUGUCUUAGGGAGCGUAAGAAGAGAAACUGAGCUCUGUGUGUCAGGGGAGCUGGCUGUGCCCUGGCGUGGCACGACAGGGAUAGGCUUGAGCAAACAGCUAAUGCUGUAGAGGUAGGUUUGUAUGUGCAGGGCCUUGUGUCAUAAGCGUGAGUUGGAAUAUGACUUAGGGCUCUGGCCUGUCUUGGAUAGCAAAGGAGGUUGUAGGCAAGGUGCUUUGGGCAUGUGGCUGAAAGCCAGCAAGUCCCGGGUUUUGAUCUUCGUCCUACCAGACUGAGCUGACUGGCCUUGGGCAUGUUACUUAAGCUCACUGUACCCCAGUUUCCUACUAGAUAAUUAAAUAAAGCCAUUUGCUCUUUCCUGUCAGGGAGUGGGUGGUGGUCAAGUAAUUCACGGGAUAGACAAAUACUGUCUACCAGAUCAUUCUUGAGCUGAGCUGGUAGGACAGAUCUUUGUUUCUCCAACCUUGCCAAGACCUGAACAUUUGUUUGACGGGCUGAAGAUGCUGUACAUUAGCACUUUUGUGCGCAGACUAUAGCCAGGUGUCAGUGCAGCUGGGAGACAAGGAUGGAGGUUUGGCUGCAGGGGGGAAACUGCACAUGUAUGGCUUUUCUUUGACUAGUGGUAGCAGAGGGAAGUUGAGGGGCCUAGAGCUAUGCCCUUGUUCAUACCCGGGUUUGUGGCUGGAGGCAUGCUUGGAGUUUGGGCUGGAAUGAGGAAAACAAGUUGUUCUUUCAUUUCUGUAGGCCCAUGAGAGCAAGGCUGCUUAGAGGGCCCUGGAUACUGCUAGCUGCAGUAGCUGUCAGGAAUAUGAGACAGAGCUGAGCGCUGCAGCCCUAACACUGCCUCACUGCUGGUGCUGCUGGCUUGCAUGUCUGUGUGCUGCCUCCGUGCACGGGUACACAGCAGGGAUCUGUGCAUGCUGCUCUCUGUGUGAGGAAACACUGUUGGAGCCUCACACCUUGCGCACUCAGUGAGUGCACUGGGAAGAAUUGCCUCUCUCUGGGACUUGCAGCCACACCAGCCACUCAGCUCCGGAGAGCCGACCAGGCUGUCCUUGGUGACCAUCGUGAGGGUCUCGGGGUGUGGCUUGUGGCAUCUGCACUGCCCUGUGCUCUCUGAUUCCUGCUUCUGGGCGCUGGGUUCCACAGUGGGCAGAGUAUAGUUGUGAUUUGCCUGAUACUGCGUUAAUGACUUUGGAGUUGUUUUCCUUAGAGAAAUCUGGAAUGUCCUGUAUUUUGUCCUGUGAUGCCAAUAACAUGCCUUAUGUCCACAUAUUUUUGCUUCUGAGAGUGCCCAGGUAGUAGUACUGCCAUUGAGCUCAGGUUUAUAUCAGGCAUGCACUUCAGCUGUCUCCCUGGGGGCAGAAUUGGGGCUUUUCUUGAAUAUGGAAACCAAGGGCUACAGCAGCUCCAGUGGUGCAGGUACAGCUUCCAUGGUGUUUAGGUGGGCACUUUUCUGCACUCCACAGUGUAAGGGUUAUGUUCUUCAGAAGCUUGUACUGUUAUAUAUAAAACUCUAUCACAGAGUUCAGCUGUGCACUGUUUUCAUAGUGAACAUUGCUUUUCUAUCUACAAUACAAGUGAUUGUAUCUCCAGUCUUGGUCUUGGGAGAAGCUGCCUGACAAACACUCUACCAGUGGGCAUGAGGUUGAGGUUAUGGCAUCAGGUAUGCCAUGGAGAGGAAUUCUGGGACCUGUUCACGUCCUUUACAUGCAGUACGUUGCCACAGAGCAACUAGUCAGCAGGAGCCAUCAGGAGCAGCAAGUAGGACCACAAGAAAAUAAAGGGACCGAAAGAUACCAGAAACAUGUCAGUGAUGAUGUCUCCACCUUGGGAUGGAAAAUCUUGUCUGUCUUAUGAUGAACACCACGAAAUCGUUGGGACUUCUCUGUCUACCUAGCCCGCUGUGUGUCUGGAGGGCCCAGAAAUGCCGUGCAGUGCCCUGACGAGGAUAAUCGGAGAGAGCAUCGGCUCCAAGAACGGGGUGAGCCAGCAGAAUGAGGAGUCAGGCUGAGACAUAGCAGACACGUUACUGGGACUUCUUCACAGGGACUGCAGUGGUUGGGAGGAGAGGAAUGAAAGGGACAGCAGGUAUGCAGCUUUUUACACAGUUGUCUGCAGCUGGGAUCUGAUUUGGCAGGCUCUGGGGCUGGGGAAGUGCUUUUUGGAUUUGCAUAAAUACAACUGUGAAUAUCUGACUGGACAAAUUUAAUGAGAGGAUGGUGCCUACUUCUUCCUUGCAUGGCUACUCCAUGUUCUCUUCUUGGACUCACAGGGCAAGUGACAGCUGCAGAUCUCUCCCUGGCUUGCUUGGUGCUUCCUCUUUCCAGGGUUACUUUCCAGGCUUGGCAUGGCUCUCAUUUCACCUUGCUCUCACAAAAUGGUUUGCUGUCCUCACUUAGCACAGGAUCGUUUUGUUUGGCAUGCAGAGAGAACAGCUAGGAGAUUGUGUUACAAGUCAAAAGAGUUUUAAGUGGAGGUUGAUGUGUAAGGAAAUUCAAAAUAAUACUGAAGCAAUGGUAAAACAAUGAUAAAAAUUACUGUUAUCCCAAAAGUCUUAUUGUGCAUGGUGGCCAGUCCUACAGUUUUAAUUGUAGUAAUUUUCCCUGCAGCACAUAAUUGGCUCUUGAUAAUUUAAUUUUAUUUUGCCAUGUGGUGCAUGAAAAACACACUUGACAAAGUGCUAAAAAAGAGAACGGUAACAGUGGAAUAUAUUUACUGAAAAAUAGAAUACAGUUAGGUUGUUUCUGUGGAGAUACCUUAAUUGAUUCAAUUUGGUCUUUAUUGUCUCCCAGAGUCUGAAGUAGAAAAGUAUAAAAAAUCUCUAAGCAAUUCAUCUGCUCUUGCAUUCAAGCCCAUCCGUUGCUGCGCUGUCACCCCAUCAGUCGUGGACCACUUGCUGUCUUUGUGCUUGCCAGAAUUUGCUGCUGGUGUUAGCGUGCACUUCUCUCUCCCUGCUGUCCACGAGCUGCUUUGCUUUCUGUUGCUUGUGCCCUCUGCAACUGAUGCUUAUUUUAGAACUCUGGAGAACAGCUUCUGUUAGUCAGAUUAAUUCCUACUUCUGAGCUCUAUUUAUCAUGGUCCUAAUAUCCCAUUAAUCCUCUAUUUGCUUCCCUCUCUCUCUGACACACACACAUUCUGUGCUCUUUGGUCUUCCUUGGAUUCUGCUGUCUAUAAUAUUCCCAGUUUGAAGAGAACAUAUCUUGCAAGAUACACCCAGCAUUCUCAACCAAGCAGAAAUGUUACUUGCAUCAAAACCCUUGGUUCUGAAGGGCUCCAUGGGCUGCCAUUGUUAACCCUUUCAAUUGUGUUGUUUUUCAUUUCAGUAACCACUACAGCAGUGUGGACAACCCAGAAUAGCCAUGGGGCAGGUGGAAUAGAUCCACAGUGGUGGAAAGACUUGCAAAUUUCAGGUCCAGGAACACAGAGAAGACCUACAUGAACAGGGACUUAAAAUUGAUGUACAAGGGGGGAAUAAAGUGACUCAUCUCUGAGAGACCUUUCUGUUUAGGAAGGAAGGCAGGGGAAUGAUGCAGUUCCUUUGGAUUUUGUUUUGUGGAUUUUGGGGUGGGAGUUGUUUGUUUGUGUGUUUAUUUUCCAGAACACCUGAGAGUUGUCCUGCACUCAUACAGUUGGAGAAGGGAAGGGCUCAGGGCUGAUAACCCAGCAGACCCUAACUGUCAUGCCUAUCCCUGUUGCACAGUACCACAGGGCUGUCCCCUACCUCCACCGCUGCUCACCUGGUAUCCCACUCAUUCACAGGAGUAUGGAGAGGAGAAUGGAAUACAAAGCAGAGGCACUUGUGUGAUCUCUCAUCUCUAGCUGCUUGUAAGCAACUUCAGUGACUUGUUUUGGUGUUGUGGUCAGCCUGCAGCCCUUUUUGUAUUUAAUAAAGAAACUUCUGGAGAAGAGUCUGUGAAUUCACUAUUAAGCAUAACAUCCUUUAUUUAUGGCAGUGAUCCUAAAGCUGUUGCCUAUCUUACUCCUCUUCCAAAUGAAUGGAAGUGAAUCCAAAGUGGGGUGGAGGGAGGGGCGUAAGUGGCUGUAUGGGAGCAUGUGUGUGCAGAAACAACAAAAGUACAAUCCUGUACCUAUCAAACAUUAAAGCUCUAAGGCUUCAUCAACGUAGGACUUAGUUCAUCAAUAGGUGAGCAGGACACUCUUUGCUAAGUUCUUUUGGACGCUGUUUUUAUAACACAUAAGAAAUUUUGUACAAGCUGAAGACAGCGUUUUUACACGUUUGCGUUUCCCAAUCCCGUGAUGUUUUCAGAUUCAGCCUGUGGAGGAUGCAGAGGGCAUCCCUGCUAACAGCACGGGUUUGGUUAACAGCUUGCAUUGCUGGCUCUAAGCUGGCUGUUCUCUGCACUGUGCUAAGUCAAUGCUCACUGGGCUCUGUGCUGUGAGCACAGUGCUGUGCAGAGGCCCCAGGCACACACAAUUGCUCUUGGUUACUGUGACUUUUACCAGUGUUUCUGAUGGGAGGAAUUCCCUCUGUCACCUGGAUAGAGAUCCUAGCUCUUAAAUCCUGCAGACGAUUGCAUGGCUUGUGUAACUGAGCAGCAACCUGCCUGCCUUUGGACUCCAGCCUGCUGCUCAGUGGGAAUGUAAUCUGUCUGGAAGGGAAGAGAGGGAAGCAAACAAACACAUAACUGCUUUUACAAGCAGCUGCAGUGGCGUUUGGGAAUCCUCUUUUGGAACUUUGUCACAGGUAGCACAUCUCCCACCGUAGUUUUAUAUUUGUCCUGCAUUCUACAGGUUUCCUCAUUUCACCAUUUCACCAUUCUCUUGCAAUGCUUUUUUGGUCUCUGGGCUUUUAUCCUGGUGGUUUGUGGGUGUCUGCUUCUUGGAGAGGCUCUGGGAUUCUGUGGUGUCUGUUGCUUGUACAGUCUGUAUUUCAAUCCUACCAACAUGAAGCUGUGGUCUAGACAUAAAAACACCACUCCAGGUCAUGAAAACCAUUGGGUGCUGGAAUGGCUUCUGAACGGGCUACGUGUGUCACAGGAGUCAUGAUGGUUCCUGUUGCUUUGGGUGACUUGGGGUGCUUCUCAGCACCUCUCCUCGGAUGCAUGGAUUGUGUUCUCAAGUCAUCUACAGAAACCUUUCUCACGUUUCUGAAACAGAAUGAUAAAAACCUUCAAAUGCUUUUGGAAACCUCCAUGGGGACAUUGGGAACUAAAACUCCUCUCCCACAGUCUCUGUGAAACUUCUGAAGGUCUUUGAAAUCUUCUCUAAAUUAUGGCUUUUUAAAGCCCUGCCAAAAUGGUGAGGUAAGCCCCAGGAAAGGCAGGGAGUGGGACCACAGAGCAACACUGGAACAGUUCAGCAUGUGGGAAUGUGCCUGUCCUUGUAACAGGACUGGUGCUCUCUUAGAGAAUUCAAUUCCCUGGUUAAACUGAUGUCAGCUGUGACCCAGUACUAAAAAGCAACAUUUUCUUCUGAAAGCUGUGUUUUGAUUUUAUUUGAAAAAUGCACUGCAUCUUCCUUGGCAUUUUUGCAUUUGUGCUUUGAGGGGUCCUUAAGCACUUACAAAUUAGUUGAUAAAUGCAACCCAAAAGCCAGCCUGCUGGGAACUUCAGCAUCUUUUCCAGGCCUCCCAGCUCAUCUACUGAAAAAGGUAAAUCACAAUUACACCUGGAACAAAGUAAUUUGUUUGCUUGAAUAUGAAAAUUAAUGGUUACCUUUUAUUGGUAUUCUCUGGAACUGAAAGUUCUCUUGAGUGGGGAUUGCUGAAGGUUUUCUUUCAGAGAAGCACAAAUAACUGCUUUCUUCCAAGGUGUUUGCCAUUUCAACUGUUGAGUUGAGGUACUAGUGGUCAGCGCUUGCAACAGAACAGGCUGUUUUGUCCUAAACGUGCAUCUCAGCUCUCUGGGUUCCCUCCCUUGGGUUUCUGUUUGAGCACAUUAAGUGCCACUGAGAUUUACUUUAGGGAUAGCCAUUCCUGGGCAAGGCAAGGUAGUGGAGCAAGUCAUCCAUCGUGUGCACAGGAGAACACCAGCUCCAAGCACAAACACCUUCUGCAAGGACAGCUUGUCCUUAUCUCUCCUGAGACAAAAGGAGGUGACAGAGCAUGCCAAGGACAGCCCCUAGUUUUGGUAUCACUGUGGAGGGCAGGUGAUGUACCAGGCACUUAGGGAGGUUCUAUUUUUGUGCAAGAUGCCCGUUAUAGCAGGGAAUAGGACUUAAUGAUUUAGAAGAGCUAUACACUAUUAUCCCCCUGUCAUAGUCCCCAGGGGCUUCCCACAGCCCAGAGCUGUGCUGUAGGAUAUUGGUGGAUAGCUUGGCAGCAAAAGCCGCCUGGCUUUCUAAGGCAGGUAUAUGGGGCCUCACAGGUUUUUUUGUGGCUGGAGUGGCAUAUACAGCAUAUGCAGGGGGCAGCCCAGUGCUGGACAUUGCCCUAGUGAGACUGUUCUACACCCAGGAACUGGACUUGCACCAGCAGGUGCCAGAGGCUGGUGUGGCAGGGUAGGCAAGCAGAGAAGUGACCUAAGUGCUUUCCAAGAGGUGACUCCAGAGGUUCUGCACGGUGCAGGGGAGCAAGUCUUUGCAGGGCUGGAGGAGCAAGCCCGCCAAGCCAUGAUGAAAAACAACUUUCCUGGAGCUCUUGGGGACCAAAGGCCAGCCAUCCGUCCGCUGCAAGACCCCGACUCCAGCAGCAGUGGCAGUGAUGAUGAGGAAACGACCCAGGAUGAAGUUUCUUCCCAUACAUCCGAGGAGGAUGGCUCAAUGGUGAAAGUGAAGAAGGAAUUAGAGAAUGCAGAACGACCCAUGGCUGGAACCCCCCUGAUGAGAGAAAAUGAGGUGCCCGAGAGUUUGAACGCUGACCCCAUGCUGGGACUGUCACAGUGUCCCCUCUGCCAGCUGGAGUGUGGAAGCAGAGAGCAGCUCAUUGCUCAUGUGUACCAGCACACUGCAGCAGUGGUGAGUGCCAAGAGCUACCUGUGUCCUGUGUGUGGCAGAGCCCUCAGCUCACCGGGGUCCCUUGGGAGGCACCUCCUGAUCCACUCGGAGGACCAGCUGUCCAACUGUGCAGUGUGUGGAGCACGCUUCACCAGCCACGCCACCUUCAACAGUGAGAAGCUGCCGGAGGUGCUCAGUGCAGAUCGGCUGCCGGCGCCGCAGAGCCAGGGCCCGUCCGGCGCCGAGGGGAAGGACGUUGCCUUUCGCACCCCCGUGUACCCCGCGGGCAUCCUGCUGGUGUGCAACAACUGCGCCGCGUACCGCAAGCUGCUGGAGGCGCAGAGCCCCGGCAUGCGCAAGUGGGCCCUGCGGCGGCAGAACGAGCCCCUGGAGGUGCGGCUGCAGCGCCUGGAGCGGGAGCGCACGGCCAAGAAGAGCCGGCGGGACAAUGAGACGCCCGAGGAGCGGGAAGUGAGACGCAUGCGGGACCGGGAAGCCAAGCGGCUGCAGCGCAUGCAGGAGACGGACGAGCAGCGGGCGCGGCGGCUGCAGCGGGACCGGGAGGCCAUGCGCCUGAAACGCGCCAACGAGACCCCCGAGAAGCGACAGGCCCGGCUCAUCCGGGAGCGCGAGGCCAAGAGGCUCAAGCGGCGCCUGGAGAAAAUGGACAUGAUGCUCCGGGCACAGUUUGGCCAGGACCCCUCUGCCAUGGCUGCUUUGGCAGCUGAGAUGAACUUUUUCCAGCUGCCAGUGGGCAAUGUGGAGCUGGAGAGCCAGCUGCUGGGCAAAAUGACCUUUGAGGAGCAGAGCAACAGCGCGCUGCAGUAAACCACAGCCACGAAUGGUGCUGCCUCUGCUGUGCCUGCCCCAGGUGCACUAGCAGGCUUCUGCACAGGCUGCUGGGGGUCUCUCUCUGACCUUCCCUGACAGGUUGUUCUGUUUCUCCUCUGAACCCAGGAGGAGAACAGAGCUGAGAGAUGUCUGCCAUCUGGUGGGAGCAGAUUCUGAGUAUACAGUCUGCUCUGGGGGCCAAGUCACAGCCUGUGACAGAAGGAAAAUAAAUUAAUGUUCACGUUUA